AGCGACGCUCCGCUUGCAUCCGCUGGGAUCAAACAGCCCCGACAGCGAGAUACCCUUUUGUCAUGGAAAUCAGACCCUGACUCUCAGUCACACGUGGGCUUCAGAAAUGCUAAGAAGUUGAACAUCCAGCCAGGACUUGUAAUACAGAACAGAACGGGUCAAGGAGAUGCUGAGUACAAUCUGACCAGUGUACGACAGGACUCGCUCUCCACGUUUCACUCUCAUCGGCAGUAGGAUAUAUAUAUUUAUAUAUAGCUAGUGCGCACAGUCAAUGCUCUGUAGCACAGUCAGAGCACUGUAGCCUACAGCAUAUGCAGUGCACAUGUAUAUAUUUUGUCGCGCUUAGAAGUAGGCAAGAAGGUCGAGUUUGUUCUUCUUUUGAAAUGGCAAUCAAGUCCUUUUCCUUGAGUGUAAUUCGCUCUGUAUAGAAUACUUUUUUUGUUUUCAAUGUAUAGAAACUAUAUUUAUCACUGUUCUGGUAUCGCGUAGCCUGUUUUUCCAAAAUGCUAGAUUUGGCUCUCCGGAUGGUUUUCUGUGCGCUGCUCUGUUCCAUCUCUGCGCGCGCAUCGGGGUGCCCUCUUCGUUGCGAAUGCUCGGAAGCUGCGCACACGGUCAAGUGUGUUUCCAAAGACUUGCGGAGUGUCCCGUCUGGGAUACCAGGGUACACGAGGAAUCUGUUUAUAACGGGAAACCAGAUCAGCAGAAUUGGACCGGAAUCGUUCAAAGGGCUGGACAAUAUAACCACGCUGUCACUGAGUAACAACCGGUAAGAGAAACAUUGCCUAAUGAAAAAAAGAAGAAUGUUUUGUAGAUUAGCCUACUUUUAUUAGACUCUCACUUGCCCAAGUUUUUAUUUGCCUCAACUUCAUAGAGUUUGUCUAUAUAUUUUCACACACUUUUGAAUGCGUCUUAACAUGAAGCAUUUGAUGAGUGGCAUCCUGUUGUGUUGGGUGAACUUGAAUCAACCAUGUGCUUACUAUUGUGUUAUUACUGUUAUUAUAGACCAUAAGGGACUAUGCAUCCUCUGCUUCAUCUGUAUCCCUCCCUCCCUGCAGGAUAACAGAGGUAGAGUCUCAGACGUUCUCCGGGUUGCGUUCCCUCCGCUCUCUUGACCUGAGCUCCAACCAGCUGGCUGUCAUCAACCCAGAGGCCUUCACUGUCCCGGGCCACACCCUCAGGGAGCUCAACCUCAGCCGAGCUCUCUACAACCACUCCUCUCUCAUGGACCUGGCUAUGUCUCUUCGCUGGUCCACCCUGGUUGAGCUCCGGACCCUGGACCUGUCAGGGAACAGGCUAAUCUACCUGCCCUCUCACGCCUUCUCCUACCUGGGGGGCCUGCGGAGGCUCAUUCUGGCCAACAACUCCCUGGUGGUCCUCCACAACGGCACCUUCUCUGGGCUGGACUCUCUGGAGCAGCUGGAUCUGACCCUCAACGCUCUACGGACCGUCCAGGAGGAGGGCCUGGCUGAGCUGGACUCUCUGCCCCCCGGGGCAAGACUCCUUCUAGGGGAGAACCCCUGGACCUGUAUCUGUGGCAUGGAGACCUUCACUGCCUGGCUCAACUCCUCCCAGGGGCAUGUGGGGGAUGCAGAGGGCCUGGUGUGUGCCUUCCCCUCAGACAUGAGGAACACCUCUCUGCUGAGGCUGGCGGCUGGACAGGCUGGGGCGGGCGGGGACAGGGUGGCGCUGGGGUGCCACAGGGUGGGUGAGGGGGCAGACCUGGCCCUCCAGACUUCCUACGUGUUCCUUGGGAUCGUCCUGGGCUUCGUGGGACUCGUCUUCCUCUUGGUCCUCUACCUCAACCGGCAGGGCAUCAAGAAGAGGAUCAAUGACAUGCGGGAAGCGUGCACGGAGGUGUUGGAGGGAUACCACUACCGCUACGAGCUCGACUCAGACCCCAGGCUCUCACAGGUCUCCACCACAGCAGACAUUUGA